AUUAUAUUUUUAUAAUUUUAUUUUUUUUGGAUUCCACUCAGCGAAACACACUCUCUGUGCAGCGAUGGAACUUGGAGCAUCUUUGUUCUAUCUCGAUCCAAUCGAAGGUUAAAGGCAAGGGGAACGUUAAAAUUUCUGCUCCAUCAAACCGAAGGAUGACUUUUUAUUUUUCUGCCUUCCAUUAGAGAAAUCUUUAUUUGCACUUCCGGGUGCUCAGAAUAGCUACAAUCUAAAGUGCUGGAUAGUGGAAACAACAUUCAUUGAUUCAUUGGAGGGAGUUAGUAAGAAAAGUAGUUCUCAUUUUAUAUUUUUGUCUUGAUUGUUUAAUUCGAAUAGUACAUUCUGAUUAAGGAAUUUGUAUUUGGAGAUGAUUACUCACGAGCAAGAUCCCGAUGUUGUUCGAUGGGGCCUCGAGCUCUUUGAUGGAAACCCAUUUUCUAAUUAUGGGUAUUGUGGAAACGUUGCUCAUGAUGAGAUACAAUACUAUCAAGGGCAAUUCUUUGAUGUAGAUAAUUAUGACAAGGCAUGCAACAUAGAAAAUAAUGAGCUUAUCGCACAAACUCUCCAAGAACUCUCACAGCUUGCAGUCGAAGAGCCAGUAUCCUUUAAUGAAGGGGUAGAAAAUUUACAACUUUCCAUGUAUCCACAAGAUUGGCUUAGUYUCUCCAUGAAUAACUAUGGCUCUGAGCAUAAUAAUGAUCUGGAGGAAGAUGAUAGUUCAUGUACUAUCCCUGACGAGACAUCCUACAGUGGGGAUGACUGGUCAUAUUCUUUAGAGCUGACUGAUGAGUAUGCCCUUGAUGGAGAAGUGGGAAAGAGAUUGAAUCAGAUGGUCUCAAUUCCUCACGUUCCAAGAAUUAAUGGAGAAAUUCCUUCUGUUGAUGAAGAAGCUUUAGAUCAUCAAAGGCUAUUGGACAGACUGCAGCUAUAUGAUUUGAUCGAGCUGAAAGUGCAAGGAGAUGGUAACUGCCAGUUUCGUGCUCUGUCAGAUCAAAUCUAUCGAACUCCUGAGCACCAUAAAUUUGUGAGGGAGCAAGUUGUAAAUCAGCUAAAGUCAUAUCCGGAGAUAUACGAAGGAUAUGUUCCCAUGGCCUACAUUGACUAUCUGGAAAAGAUGUCCAAGAGUGGGGAGUGGGGCGAUCAUGUCACUUUGCAGGCUGCUGCAGAUACGUAUGGUGUUAAAAUUUUCAUGAUUACAUCUUUCAAAGACACCUGCUAUAUUGAGAUCCUUCCUAAUAUCGAAAGGUCCAAAAGAGUUAUUUGCUUGAGCUUUUGGGCUGAAGUGCACUAUAACUCAAUAUAUCCUGAAGGAGAUGUACCCAUGUUUGAGACGAGGAACAAUAGAUGGUGGAUGCUCCAAAACGAGCAUCUGGAAUGACGGGACAUAUAGCAUAUUGCUAAUCACAGUCUUCACUACGUUUUAUGGAUACUUUUAGCUUUUUCCUGCUAGGGCUUGGUUCCUCUGUGGAACUGAUCAUGGAAAAAAUUAUGUGAAAUACAGAAAUGGCCCAUGCUUUUUCUAUUAAUUUGUGCAUCUCUUAACAUUUUCCUGCAAUCUCUUCUUUUCCCCACUUCUUAUUUUGGGUUCAAAACACUUCUAUUGUAAUCUCGCUUAGUUUUAAGUGCUUUAAGAAAAUGCUAAUGGUUUUAUGCUA